AAAAUAUCAAUAUGCCUUACUUACAUGCAGCCUAGGAAGACCGUUUUCCAUACGUUGGAUGGCACUUCGAACCCUAACGGAAACGGUAUUUUAACACUUAACAAAACCUAAAUCCUGUCCGCACACAGCGUGCUAAGCAUAAUGGAUACCCUUAAAUGCCAAGGAUCUAUCUUUAGGACCCGAUCGACAGCGGGCCAGCGCAGUUCCGCCUGCUGGAUGGGGCAACGCGUCGGGCGUGCCAUUUGCGGAGUAGCGAGCGUUUCGCAAAUCACUAUUCAGCCCAGCAACAACAACCACAUGCAUAUUUCAAGUUCACCUCCAGUUCCGGAGGCUCAUCCGGCCCCGCCUCCUGGCGUGCUGCCGCCCAUCGGGGCCUACAACAACAUCGUCAGCUUAGGUGCUGCGAAGGCCGCUAUGCCGGCUUGGAAGACGUUCCUCAUGGGAGUUAUGGCGGGCUGUUACAUCAGUUUUGGUGGCUUUCUUGCGAUUAUGCUCGCAACAAUGUGUUCAGGUCUUGGAGUCACGAGCCCCAUCCUGACGCGUCUAGUCAUGGGCGCGCUGUUUCCUUUUGGUCUCCUUGUCACACUGGUCUGUGGAGCUGAGCUGUACACGGGCAACACGGCGCUGGUUACGGCGGCAGUGCUGGAGAACAAGGCGACCGUACAGGGCCUGUUGAAGAACUGGAGCUGCUCCUAUCUAGGCAAUCUGGUGGGCAGUCUCGCGAUGGUGGCUGUGGUGAGCGCCACUGGCCUGCUGCCCGUCUCACCCACGGGAGUAGCGGCGAGCAUGGCGGUUGCCAAGAGCAGCCUGCCGUUUGGACAGGCCUUCGUACGCGGCGUGCUGUGCAACUGGCUAGUCUGCUCCGCCGUUUGGAUGGCCUCCGCCGCCACCUCGCUACCCGGCAAGGCGGUGGCAGCCUACCUGCCCGUCAUGGCGUUCAUUACACUGGGUCUGGAGCACUCGGUGGCAAACAUGUUCAUGUGUACUCUGGGCAUUGUGCAGGGAGCCCCUGUCAGCUGGGCCACCUUCCUGACGGGCAACCUGUUGCCAGUGACACUUGGAAACACCUUUGCCGGCGCUGUUUGCAUGGCGGGGGCCUACGCGUUGUGCUUCGGAGCAAUUGGCAAGGCACUGUCCUCACGGCCGGCGGCGGCACCAACCGCACCACAGCAGCCCGCAGCGGCGUAACGGGAAAGAUAUCCUCCUCAAGGCGCUGUCGUCGUCAUUAAUAUCGCCGGCGGUGACGACGCAGCCUCGGUAAACCGCGGAGGUUUGACGGGGAUGUCGAGCUUCUUGUGGCCUUGCAUUGCAGCGCAUAGCUACGUGAUUUGGGUGCAGCAGCAAUGAGACGGUUUCUGGAUGCGUUGUAUACCUGUAUUUGUUGACCAAGUGGAAUGCUCCCGUGCGAAGUGAAAGCGUGGGUUUUAGUGGGAUGGGCACGUUUGGCAUAGAAGGCCGAAAACCUUUGCAUGCGGUGUUACAGCACUGGAACGACUUGAGGAGAGGGAAGCAGGAUUGCGUGCAAAAGGGAGCGUGCUCGUGUGUUUUAUCAUUACCGGUAGCUACGAAGGUCAGGUGGUUGCCGGUCGUUGGUUUCCAGUUGUAUAUCUAUCAGUGUGUUACCCCCUCGUAUGUUUGCUAACAGGACGCGCGCGUACCAUAUCUUGCCGUUGGUGCACAUCGAGCCAUGGAAACCCCUCUUUAGCUCGAAACUCCCAUCCCAUUCUAGUUAACUAGCUGCCAUAUCGA